AUGGCGGAGGGCGUGGUGGCGUCGCUGGUUGCCAAGCUCGGUUUUGCCUUGGCAAAAGAGGCAGCGACCUUCGGCGCAUCGCUGCUGUGCAAGGAGGCAUCUGCACUCAAGGGCCUCUUCGGCGAGAUCCGUGAGGCCAAGGAGGAGCUGCAGAGCAUGCAGGCCUAUCUUCAAGGCGCCGAGCGGUUCAAGGACACCGACGAGACCACCGGCAUCUUCGUCAACAAGGUUAGGGGCUUCUCCUUUGAGAUCGAGGAUGUGGUUGACGAGUUCACAUACAAGCUGGAAGACACUCAUGGGGGAUUUGCUGCGAAGAUGAAGAAGAGGGUCAAGCACAUCAAGGCAUGGCGCCGUUUGACACUCAAGCUCCAAGAUAUCAAGCGCAGGCUUCAGAGUGCGGAUAGGAGAAAGGUCCGCUACGACAUGGAUAAUAUUCAGUCAAAAUCUGCUGGUCAUUCACUGAAUCUUGCGAGGGAAGAGGAUCUUGUGGGCAUUGAAGAGAACAAGGACAAGCUGAUGCACUGGCUGGUGGGUGAUUUGGAGGAACAGGGGAGCAAAAGUGCAACUGUUUGGGGAAUGGGAGGUGUGGGUAAGACCACUUUGGUUGAUCAUGUGUACAAGGCCAUGAAGAUGGACUUUGCUAAAUGUGCGUGGAUAACAGUAUCAAGUAGCUAUCAAGUUGAAGACUUGUUAAAACAGAUCGCCAGUCAAUUGGGUAUCCCAAUUGGUGUCGCCAACGAAAACAGAAGCUUGGUUGAGGUAAUCCAUAAUCAUCUCAAGGGUUCAAACUAUCUCGUAAUUCUGGAUGACGUUUGGAAUGUGGAUGUCUGGUUUAAGAUAAGGACUGCAUUUCCUACAGAAAGCACUGGUCGAUUUGUUAUCACCACUAGAAUGCAGGAGGUAGCAUUGCUGGCAACAAAAACCUGCACUAUCAAACUCGAACCAUUGGAAAGAGAUUAUGCGUGGCAGCUAUUUUGCAAUGAAGCCUUUUGGAACAAUGAGAACAAAACAUGCCCAGAGGAACUUGAAAUUUUAGCUCAAAUGUUUCUGGACAAGUGUGGUGGCUUGCCCAUUGCAAUUGCUUGUGUAGGCCGCUUGUUGUCAUGCAGAGAUCCAACUUACUAUCAAUGGGAAAGUGUAUACAAGGAGUUAGAGUCACAGCUCAGCAACAAUGUGAUCCUCGAUGUUAAUAUUGUUCUGAAAGUCAGCUUGGAGAACCUUCCGACUCAUCUGAAGAACUGUUUUCUGCACUGUACAAUAUUUCCAGAGGAUUAUCUGUUCGGAAGGAAACAGGUAAUCAGGCAUUGGAUCGCAGCUGGAUUCAUUAAAGAAACAGGGAGCAAAACAUUGGAGGAAGUGGCAGAGGGCUACCUGAAUGAACUUGUAAACAGAAGCCUAUUGCAGGUGGCUGCGCGGAACCUGUGUGGCCGAGUUCGCAGCUUCCGAAUGCAUGACAUCAUCCGUGUUCUUGCUCUCGCUAAAUCAGAAGAGGAAUCCUUUUGUCAAGCUUACAAUGGCUCAAGGGAUUUUUCGGCCAAGAACACACGGCGUCUGUCAAUGCAGGGUACAAACAUGGAACAACUGACCCCAUUGUUGUGUGCACCAAGUCUCCGCUCUCUGCAUGUUUUCCAGAGUCACAUGAGGAUUGAUUUCCUAGAGGCUUUCCUCAAACCUUUGAGCUUGCUGUCCACAUUGGAUCUGCAAGGAGUUCAAAUCAAGAGACUACCCAAGAUGGUUUUCAACUUGUUCAACCUGCGUUUUCUAGGUCUUCGAGAUACUCAAAUUGAAUAUCUCCCAAAAGAAAUAGGAAGGUUACAGAACCUGGAAGUCCUUGAUGCUUUCAAUACUAUGCUACCUUCAGUUCCAGUGGAAAUAGCCACACUUCGGAAAUUGAAAUACCUGUAUGUGGUUACUAUUCCAACUGGAGCUGACGAGCAAGUUCUUGCUUAUGACGGGAUUCAGAUGCCCAAGGGUAUCGGCAAUUUGACCGACUUGCUGGCCCUGCAACAUGUUGAAGCUAGCAGUCAGGUGCUAAGUCAGUUAGGAUGUUUAACCAAUUUAAGAACUUUUGGUAUCAGUAAAGUCAGGAGUGGCCAUUGUGCAGAUUUGUGUGGGGCGAUCACGAAAAUGGUUAAUCUUGUUCAUGUAGGAAUCAUUGCACUUGAUCAAAGGGAAGUCUUGCAGCUAGAAGCACUUUGCUUGCCACCAACUGUUUCAAAGGUUGACAUAUUAGCGCAGCUGGACAAAAGAUUUUUACCCCAGUUUGUCUCAUCCAGUUCAGAACUUAUUAACCUCACUGAUUUACAUUUGAGUUGGUCCAAGUUAAAUGAAGACUCUUUUGCGUGCCUCAUGGGUUUGCAUGGAUUAGUGACACUUCACCUUACUAAGGCUUAUGAUGGAAAGGGGCUACAUUUCCAUGCAACUUCACUUCCAAAACUCAAGUUACUAGGCAUAUGGGAUGCUCCGCAUCUCAGCAGAGUUACAAUUGAACAAGGUGCGAUGCAAAAUAUUGUUGAACUAUUUCUCAGGGACUGUCCAGAAUUGAAGGAUCUUCCUGAUGGCAUCGAGCAUCUUAGAACCCUUGAGCACCUGCAGCUGCAGGAUAUUUCUGAAGAGCUGACACGGAAGCUUCAGCAAAAUGAGGAAUCAGAGGAAUGCGAUGAAGAUUGGAUGAAAAUUAGCCAUGUGAGACAAGUGGUGAUUCUUUAG